CUAAUUGCUGUGUUGCUUGAUCUGUGAAGAAGAGUCAGACAAAGAUGGUUGAUACGGAAUCCAUUCGGACUGUCAUCGGAGUCAUUGGAAAUGUGAUAUCUUUCUUCUUGUUUGCAUCUCCGAUGCCAACUAUAUACAAGAUAUGGAAGAUGAAGGCGGUGGAGGGAUUCGAACCUGAUCCGUACCUUGCAUCUAUAUUGAAUUGUUCGAUGUGGGUCUUCUAUGGUCUUCCCUUUGUUCAUCCCCAUAGUUUACUUGUUAUCACCAUUAAUAGCGUCGGUCUCUUUUUGGAGAUCAUCUAUAUCCUCGUCUUUAUCAUUUACGGCACCAACAAAAAGAGAAUGAAAAUUGGUCUGGUGCUGUUGGUUGAAGCAAUUUUCUUUGCAGUGAUAGUGGUCAUUGCGCUUCUCUGUUUUCACACAACCACCAGGAGGACUCUGUUUGUUGGGAUUAUUUGUGUGUUCUUCAAUUGUUGUAUGUACCUGUCGCCACUCCUUAUCAUGAAAAAGGUCAUCACAACAAAGAGUGUUAAAUACAUGCCAUUUCUGCUCUCGCUGACCAAUUUUCUCAAUGGUGUGUGUUGGUUGAUUUAUGCGCUCCUCCGUUUCGAUCCAUUCCUCCUGACUGGAAAUGCAAUAGGAACACUGGGAGGUUUAGCUCAACUCAUACUAUAUGGAAUCUACUACAGAUCAACACCAAAAGACGAUGAUACAGGGAAGGAAUCUCAAUCUCAGGUGGAACUCUCCACUCAAGAGACGAUUUGA